GAUUUAAAUAGUUGAGUAAGAUCAAGCUGGGUAACCAUGGCUGGAGGUGGAUUUGAUCCCUGUGAAUGUGUUCGUUCUCAUGAACAUACGGUGAGAAGACUGAUCAAUCUGCUUUGGCAGUCCCAGUCCUACUGCACAGAGUGCCUCCGGAAGUUACCAGGACCCUCCGGUGACAUCAGCAUCAGCAUUACUGUGAUCCUGAUGGCCUGGAUGGUGAUCACAGUGCUUCUGUUCUUACCGAGACCUCCUAAUCUGAGAGGCUCCAGCCUCCCUGGGAAACCCCCCAGUCCUCACAGUGGACAGGACCACCCUACCCCUCCUGUGGACUAA